AUGGGUCCUCCACCUGCUAAGCUCCCUCCUAACUAUGAUGCAAAUGCUCACUGUGAUUUUCAUUCUGGGGUUGUUGGUCAUGAUAUUGAACAUUGCAUAGGAUUCAUGCAUAAAGUACAAGAUCUGAUUGAUUCGAAGGCUAUUGAGUUCACCCCUACUCAAGGGCCUAACGUUGUUCAGAACCUUAUGCCUCCCCAUGGAGCUCAUGCUGCAAAUGCCAUUGAUGUUGUUGAAGAUGCUCACCUAGUCAAAGAUGCGAUCGAACUAGGUUCGUUGUUGCCAUUAUUGAAGAAGGAAUUAUUGAAGAUGGGUCUAUACUCUGGUUGUGGAGAAUUCUGUAUUGACUUCGAGAAUGAAGUCAAUGUGGCAUCCGUCCCGUAUACUCCUGCCAAGAUUCCAAUUCAUGCCAGAGCACCUCCUUUGGUCAUUACAUUGCCUGGUCCUGUCCCGUAUAAUAGUGAAAAAGCAAUCCCAUGGAAUUAUGGGGGAGAAGUGUUCUACCAAGGGGCCAAGUAUGAGAUUAAAAUGCCAGUUAAGAAAGAAGAUGUGGAUAAUGUUGUUGGCAUUGGGAGAAUGACAAGGAGUGGUCGUAUUUUCAAUCCUCCCCAGAAUGCCCGUGAUGAUAAUGCCGAAGCUCUAGCUCAGGCUAAAGGGAAAAGAGUGGUAGAAGACACGGUGGAGCAAGGGCAAAGCUCUAAUUCGGAAGAUACUGUGGCCAAAGAGAUGGAAGAGUUCUUAAAGAUCAUCAAGAAAAGUGAGUAUAAAGUGGUUGACCAACUGAGUCAAACUCAGUCAAAGAUUUCAAUUUUACAGUUGCUUUUGUGUUUGGAGACACGUCGAAAUGCUUUGUUGAGACUUCUAAGUACUGCCUUUGUCCUUCCGGAGAUCUCAAUGAAUCAACUUGAAGGAGUGGUGUCAAACAUCAACGCUGGUAAUGGAUUGGGAUUCACUGAUGCAGACUUGCCUUCCGAAGGCAGAAACCACAAUAGAGCUUUGCAUAUAUCAGUAGAGUGUAAAGGGACUAUGUUAUCACGUGUUCUCGUGGAUACUGGAUCUUCUUUGAAUGUAUUACCGAAGUCGUCUUUGAUGAGGCUAGAUUAUUCUGGUGUUGAGAUAAGGCCAAGUGAAUUGACGGUGAGAGCCUUUGAUGGCUCGAAGAGAUCAAUGUUUGGGGAAGUUGACUUGCCAAUAAUGAUAGGUCCCCAGCUCUUCACCAUUACUUUCUUUGUGAUGGAUAUCCACCCGUCUUAUAGUUGUCUCCUGGGACGUCCAUGGAUCCAUGCUGUUGGGGCCGUGACUUCCACAUUGCAUCAAAAACUCAAGUUCGCAACUCAAGGAAAGAUAGUCACCAUAUGUGGGGAAGAAGAACACGUGGUAAGUCAUCUCGCGUCUUUCAGGUAUAUUGAGUUGGAAGGAGAGGUCCAUGAGACAACAUGCCAAGCUUUCGAGGCUGUCCAGACUAUCAAGAUCCCCUAUGUUGAAAAUAAGAAGUUGGAGGCCCCCAUGUCUUCACUAAAGGAAGCUAAAGCUGUGGUUGAAUCUGGUCAUCCCGAAGGAUGGGGCCGAUUUGGUCAGAGUUCAUCUAAUGGGGCCUCCGAGAAGCCCGGAACCUUCGUUCCGAACAAGUUCUCUAGUGCUGGCAUUGUCAAGGAUCAUAUUUGUGUUGCCGAUGAUGAUAUGGAUAGCGAUUAUGACAUCGAGGAAUGGAUCAAGCCGUGUGUCCCAGAACAGAAGCUUCUCAACUGGUCGUCCGAGGACAUCAUCUCAAUUUCUUUUGAUCAAAAAUCCACUUCUCCUCCAGAUUCUGUUGAUAACGAUCUUGCUAUGCCUCGCUAUGACUUCGACAUUCCUAUUUAUACCGCUGAAGAAGGGGAUGAAGAAGACUGUGAACUCCCUGACGAGUUGUCUAGAUUGUUACCUCUUAAAGAAUAUUCUCCGCCUAUCAAACAGAAACUCAGAAGAACACGUCCUAACAUGUCCAAGAAAAUCCAGGAAGAGGUUCAGAAGCAGUUUGAUGCAGGUUUUCUCGCUGUAACAGUUUAUCCACCAUGGGUCGCCAAUAUUGUACUAGUACCUAAGAAAGAUGGGAAGGAACGAAUGUGUGUCGACUAUAGAGAUCUGAAUAGAGCGAGCCCGAAGGAUGAUUUCCCGCUUCCUCACAUUGAUGUGCUAGUAGAUAAUACUGCUCAGCUCUCGGUUUUCUCCUUCUUGGACGGUUUUUCUGGUUCGAUCAAAUAA